AUGGAACGUGACGCCCGACCGCCAGCCAGAACCUCGGUCUUCUCGGAACCCGUCGAUGAGAGCUCUAUUCGUCUUUUCCGCUUCUCGCAGCCAGAAGAUGGCGUCUUCGUUGGCAAGCUGCAAAAGUUCCCCAUCGCCAGCGCUCCUCAUUAUUACACGGCCAGCUAUGUGUGGGGCGAGCGCAAGUACAAAGGCGCAAAGAUCAAUUUGAGGAAUGGAGGACUACCCAUACUAGAUAGGCUGGUACCAUUCAUCCACAUGGUCACCCGCCAUGGCGACUUCAAGAGCACAGACUGGUGGUGGAUUGACUCGCUGUGCAUCAACUUGGAUGAUCCCAGCGAACGCGAAAAACAAGUGCGCAUCAUGGCAGAUAUCUACAAAAGAGCCAGGCGAGCAAUAAUUUGGCUGGGCGAGGAGAAAGACGAUGGCAGCGACUGCACCGAUGCCAUCGACUUCAUGCACUACCUGUCCACUUUGCAGAUCGCGUUCAAUGGAGACGACCAGGCCAUGCGUAGAAAGCUCGAGAAUCCCGAGUUCGCCGAGAAGUGUGUCGCUGUCAGCAACCUGCUCGCCAGGCCAUGGUGGACAAGGGUCUGGACGUUACAAGAGUUUGUCCUGCCAAAAGAGGCGAAAUUCUACUGUGGCGUAGACAGUAUCAGCCGCGGCAGGUUCAAAAGUGCGAUCUAUAGCAUCUUCCUGUGCAGCACCAUCAGCAAAGAUUUCGAACACGAGCUUGUUCCGCGGAAGCUCUUUGACGGUGCCUUCAACCGCCGCCGCAUUCAUCAAUGGCACACCAAGCCAGCCUCAAUCGGCAUCAAUCUGAUCGCCAUCAUGGCGUACCUAGGUAAUCACUCCGCCACUGACAGUAGAGAUCGCAUUUACUCCGUGCUAGGUCUGAUCACUGAGCAAGACCGGGACCUUAUCGGGCCUGCCGAAUAUACCACCGGCGUUGCGCAUCAGUUCGCACGACUUGUUCGCUCUUUCUGGAAAGUUCAUCGGUCCCUGGAUAUUGUCUGCUUUGCGCAUCUAUUCUGUCCCAACGCUGCAGUCAGCGACCCGGGUCUCGAAGAUCCUGUGCCUACCUGGGCUCCAGACUGGAGAACAACAAUCGAUUUCGCUUCACCUGUACCGCUAAUGGCAAGCCAAAGUGCGUGUGAGCACAUUGGGAACUUCAGGCCGCUGCGAUCGACACGCUGGAAAGCAAUUUACGAUGCUCCUGGAGGAACACUGAGGAAAGAGGCAGACGUUUCCUUCGCCGAAAACUUGAAAGAACUCCACUGCAACGGUGUCAUAUUGGACACUAUUCACGGGCUCGGGGGACUUGACGAGCAGGAACUGCGAUGCCAGAGCUUUGUCUGCCGCGAAGCCGGUCAUGACUUGAUGCAGUCGCAAAAAGACCAGCAUAGCGCUUCGCAAGUCGCAAAGCCGCCUUCCGAGUGGCUUGAAGCCAUAGCACGGUCCUUGGUCAUCGACCGCCGCGACAAAUACCUUUGCUUCCAGGCGCCAUCACACUACAUCAGCGACUUCCUUUUCCUCUGUCAUGCCUGUGUCGACGGUGAUCCAGUCGACUGGAGCUUUUCCACAUGGUUUGGGCGCAACAGGCAGUUGAUGCUCGGCAACACAUCGCUGGAGGACAUCGUCCAACAGAUACCGACCGAGUUCACUUCACCUCCCCCGACACUGCAUCGGCCACCGUCGCAUCCCGUACACCAAAUGAACGACAAGCUAGACACCUUUCUCUCACGCUUCCACGAUACUGUGCGAAAGAAAGCGCGCCGGUUGAUGGUAACCGAACAAGGCUACGUUGGCAUGGCACCGUGUCGCGCGAGACCCGGCGACAUCGUGGCUAUCUUGUUCGGAUGCAGCAUUCCACUUGUUUUGCGAAAAGUGGCGCCGCAAGCUGCAUGGCAGGUUGUCGGUGAAGGCUUUACAUAUGGUCACAUGAAUGGCGAGACUGCAGACGAGCUGAAGAGCGGAAGGCUCAACGUACGCCGGUUGAGGCUGGUUUGA